AGGGUCACCAUCCGUUUGAUGAAACCCCAGGCAGCAGCAGAUUUGGCUGUUCGAAUAAGCAGAGCUCUGAUCUCCGCCUCAAACCACACCAGGCCAACGCGUUCAUGGAGUCCUUCUCUGGAGCACACCCUCCACAAACUCGGUUGCCGCAGUCUUCUCUCUCCCUCACUCGUCGCCGCUGUCAUCGAUCCCUUCCUUCUCAAUCACCAUUCGCUCGCUUUGGGAUUCUUCAACUGGGCUUCCCAGCAGCCUGGCUUCGCCCACACUCCCAUCACCUACCAAUCCAUUCUCAAAUCCCUCUCUCUUUCCCGUCAAUUCAGUGCCAUUGAUUCCCUCUUGAAACAGAUCCAAGACCUGAAAUUUUCCGUUGACCCUUCUGUUUAUCGCUCCAUAAUUGCUUCCCAGAUCGUUGGGAAGAAGAUCCACAAUGCUUUUCUACUUUUUGGCCAAGUAUCGUAUCUUGUUCCGGAAAUUGGAAGCGAGACAUGUAACUCGCUCUUGGCUGCUCUGGCAUCUGAUGGGUACUUGGAUAGUGCAGAGAAAGUGUUUGGGGAAAUGACUCGGAAAAGCAUCCCUUUAAGUACACUUGGUUUUGGGGUCUUUAUAUGGAGGCUCUGUAAAGUGGGUGAGUUGAAGAAAGUAUUGAGCAUACUAGAUGAGGUUCAAAAAUGCAGUUCGGGCAUUAAUGGUUCUGUGGUAGCUGUUCUUAUCAUCCAUGGGCUCUGUCAUGCAUCUAUGGUGUCUGAGGCUUUCUGGAUGCUGGAUGAACUGAGGAACAGGGGAUGGAAAUCUGAUUUUAUGGCGUAUAGAAUUGUUGCGGUAGCAUUUCAAUCGAUGGGAAAUGUGGCUGAUGAGGAAAAGGUCCUGAAAAAGAAGAGGAAAUUAGGAGUGGCUCCAAGGGCUAAUGAUUACAAGGACACAAUUCUUGCCCUGAUCUUAGAGAGGCUGAUCUCUGAAGCAAAAGAGUUGGGGGAAAUAAUUGUUGGUGGUAAUUUUCCUAUUGAGGAUGACGUUCUCAAUAUAUUGAUAGGGUCUGUUUCAACCAUUGAUCCUGAUUCGGCAAUUAUGUUUUUCAACUUCAUGGUUGGAAAAGAGAAAUUCCCAUCUCUUUUGACUGUGAGUAAUUUGGGUAGGAGUCUCUGUAAACAUGGCAAGUUUGAUGAGCUGUUGGAGGUAUUCCAGGUUUUGAAUUGUCACAACUGUUUUAAAGAUUUAGAGGGUUACAAUGCGGUGCUGUCAAUCUUAUGCAGGGCUGGGAGAGUUAAAGAAGGCUAUGGAGUUUUGCAGGACAUGAAGAAGAAAGGAAUAGUCCCCGAUGUCUCAUCUUAUAAUUUUUUGAUGGAAGCAUGUUGUAAACAGGAUCUACUGCGCCCUGCUAAAAAGCUCUGGGAUGAGAUGUUUGCUAGUCAGUGUUGUGGGAAUUUGAAGACAUACAAUAUUCUUAUACGAAAAUUUUGUGAGGUUGGACAAAUUGAAGAGGCUCAGAGGUUAUUUUACCACAUGUUGGGAAAAGAAUUGGAACCUGAUGCUGCAACUUUUACGUCUCUUCUCGAAGGACUUUGCAAAGAAGCCAAGCUUGAAGCAGCUUUUGAGCUCUUCAACCAGUCUAUCAAACAAGACACUACGCUUGCUAGAGACAUAUUAAAUACGUUUAUGUUAUCCCUCUGCAGUAAAGGACAUCUUAUGACUGCGUCAAAGUUUAUUUGCAGUCUUAGUCCCGAAAUACAAGGCGCAGAAUCGCAUUUGACUUUGAUAAAAUAUUUAGCUGAUGCAAGGGAGAUUCCAAUAGCCUUGGAGCACUUGAAAUGGGUCAAAGAAAGGUCACCUUGGACGUUAAAUGAUAUUCGGGCUGGACUUCUAGCGUCUCUUUCUUCUGUUUCAUGUUCACAGUCAAUAAUACAGUUUCUUCAGAUGAUACCAGAUGCAUGAGCAUGGGGAAUGAUUCAUCCCACGGAAGUUUCCAUGCUAUAGUCAUGAUUAGUUCUCAUCAUAUGGAAUCCAAUUAAAUUUAUUGAAUCCUCGGACCCUUUUAUAUCGGCAUUUGGUUUUCACGUCAUUCAUGUUGGAUAUGAAUGGUUGUUAUUAUUAUUAAAGAAAUUGAGUAAUAUCAGGGCAAUCAGUUUAACCGGCGGCGCAAGGAAGGUGAA